GCCAGACAUUGGUUCAUUAACCUUAAACACACAAAGGUUAAAGAAAACUAUUCAGAAACACAGAUAUGGUGCAUGGUUUCUAAUAUACAGCUCCUUACAUUUUCACAGAGGAAAUAAUGAUCAGUUUUGUGGUGAGCGCUGCCUGCCUGCUGCCGUUAUCUCUGGGGCUGGAGCUGACCGGGCUCUUCGGUCGUUUCGCCUCUCCUGAGUUCCCUAACGCCUACCCCGACCACCAGCAUCUCACGUGGAACAUCACCGUCCCAGAGGGCCAUAGGGCCAAGCUGUACUUCACCCAUUUUAGCCUGGAACCCUCACACCUGUGUGAAUAUGACUACGUUCAGGUGUUUUCAGAGGGAAAGGAGAAGAUGAAAUUCUGCGCGGACUCUGACAAAGAUUCUGAGCAUGCUCCUGGGAAUGCUGUAUUUUAUUCGGCUGGGAACACCAUGUCAGUGGUCUUCCGGUCUGACUACUCCAACGAGGGCAGAUUCACUGGCUUCCAAGCAUUUUAUGCCUCGGAAGACAUCAAUGAGUGCGAGAACCUGGUGGAUGGAGAGCCAAUAUGUGACCAUUACUGUCACAAUUAUGUGGGCGGCUAUUACUGCACUUGCCGGCUCGGAUACCUGCUUCAUGCCAAUAUGAGAGCCUGCUCUGUGCCAUGCAGUGGCCAGGUUCUGACCCAGAGGAGCGGGAUCCUGACCAGCCCGGACUACCCCAGGCCCUACCCCAAACUCAGCCAGUGCGACUACCACAUCCUUCUGCCGGAGGGCUUCUUUGUUCAGCUGGAAUUCCUGAAGCCGUUUGACGUGGAAGCCCACCCUCAAGUCUCCUGUCCGUAUGACAGCUUGAAGGUCACAGCAGAGGGGAGGGUGCAUGGGCCCUUCUGUGGAGGCACUCCUCCGCGGCAGAUAGAGACCGGCAGUCACGACGUGCGGGUGAUCUUCACAAGCGACUCCUCGGGAAAAAACCUGGGCUGGAGGAUAAAAUACACUGCCAUAGCCCCGCCCUGUGAUGACCCUGUAGCGCCCCCUCAUGGACUUAUCCCGCUGCGGCAGCCUCAGUACAUCUUCACCGACAGCUUCAACGUGACGUGUGAGAGAGGGUACGAAUUACGGCAGGGGACAGAAGAUCUUGCGUUUUACCAGGCCACGUGCCGGAAGGACGGGAGCUGGGACUCUCUGAUGCCGACGUGUGCCCUUGUCAAUUGUGGUCCACCCAAUGAAGUGUCCAAUGGAAAGGUUUCCUUCACCACAACCACUUACCAGUCUGUUUUCCAGUAUACCUGUGACCCUUUCUACGUCAUGAAAAAUGGCACAAAAGGAACCUACACCUGUGAGGACAGUGGCAGUUGGGUUGACUCGUUGGGUAGGGCUAAUCCUCCAGAAUGCGUGCCUACCUGCGGGAAGCCCCAAAGUGGCAAGCUGGCUCGGAUUAUUGGGGGCGAAAAGGUGGGCAAGAGAGAGAUUCCCUGGCAAGCCCUGGUGCUGGUGGGGGGGCAGUUCAAGGGGGGCGCGACGCUGAUCAGCGACAACUGGGUCCUGACCGCCGCCCACAUCCUGUGGCACUACGGCGACGUCUCUAACCUGCAGGUCAGGAUGGGCGUGGUCAGCAGGAACGACAGCAGCGCGGUCGCGGCCGUCCCGGAAGCGGUCUUCCUCCACCCGCGGUAUCGCCACGACGACUUCAACUUCGACCACGACAUCGCCCUGAUGAAGCUGAGCCGGAGGGUUCCCGUGAGCGCGGCGGUCAUGCCCGCGUGCCUGCCCCGGAACGACGACCACUUCGUCCUCAGGCCGGGCGACCGGGGCAGGGUUUCGGGGUGGGGGAUGUGGAAGGUGACCCGACGCUGGUCCUCUCCCCAGCUCCGGUACAUCGAGAUCCCGGUGGUGGACUUCAAGCUCUGCAGAGACGCCUACAGGGCGGUGAAGGCAAGCGACGGGCGGCCGCUGGUCGUCACGGAGAACAUGGUGUGCGCCGGCCUCCCGGAGGGGGGUAAGGACGCCUGCAAGGGCGACAGCGGGGGGCCGUUUGUGUUCUUCGACGACGUCAGCAAGGCCUGGUUUAUCGGCGGAGUGGUCUCCUGGGGUUACGAGUGCGCCAAACCGGGCCUGUACGGGGCCUACACUAAAGUCAGCAACUACAUACCCUGGAUUGAGGGAGUCAUGGAAGCCAACCGUUAAAUCUUCAGCGGGGUGUUUGCGGGUUGUACGCCAUUCACAUUUUGGAAGGUUUUUGUUUGUGAUUUUUAAAAUAAGGAUUAUUUAAGAUGUCACAGAGACUCGGUAAUAUAAUACAGGUAACGAUACACCAGAGUUAUUUGUGCUUUUACAGUACAGUAUAUACAGUCUGCUACAGAAUUAUUGGCACCCUUAAUGAAAAUGAAAAAAAAAGGCAGCAUAUA